AAAAAAAAAAAAAAAAAAAAAAAAGGAAGGCAAAAACAAGAAACAAGAACCUCAGGCUUCUCUCCCUCACCGCCAUCCCAUUUGGAGACAGUUUCCAUCCUCCGCCGAUCUUCUACUUCUCCUACUACACAAUAACUCGUGCCUACGGAGUACUGAGUACGGCAUUCAUCUUCUUGUGUCCUCGGGGACGGUAUUGGACGAUAACGCCGAUUUGAUUGAUUCCCGAUCCCCUCCAAUCGGCCUGUCUGCCAUUCACUUACCCAGUCAGGUAUACGAAUCCUCAAACUCUCGUCGACUCAAAGAAGGUCAAAGGCUCCCUCCGCGGUGAAUCUCCGUUUAACCAGUAUUUUAGUGGGAUCGUGGCGCCGGUUAGCGCCUGGGAGUGACGUCGUGAUACUACUUUUUCGAAUUAGGCACGCGAGGUUGAUAAGAACCAGCCAUCUUUGGGCCCAGAACCCCCGAGUCCUGGGUAAACUCGGAGCUCCUACCUCUCUUCGCCGUAAACCUGCCAGCCCAGAGGAACCCGGAGCAGAGAUCCUAUCAUCCUACCGUCUUGGAAGGAGAGACAAAUACGGAGUAGGGAAGACGGUAUCAGACCAUAACUACUCCGUACGUCCAUGGUCCACACGGAACUCAUGCAGGAUUAUCUAUUAUCUAAUACGUUGACUCGGACCCACUAAAUGGAGAAUGUUUCCAUGUCUUGGCCAGUCAGGGAUCGUACUUUUUUGGUGCCUUUUCUCGAGGUGGGGAACCUGGGAGCGCGGCAGAAAAAAAAGUCGAGGAAAAAGAGAUGGAGAUGUCUUGUGUUGAGGAACAGCCGUGGACGAGGGAAAAAAAAAAAUGGGCUGAUGGUUGGCCGAACGGCCGAACCGGCAAAGGUAUCACCGCAACUUUUUAUCCCAGUCGGCAGACUUUUUGGCUGGAUUUAAAGAGGCGCUCUUUUUUUCCUUUCCUUUUCUUUUUCUUGACUUUCCAUUCCACCCCACCCUUUGUUCUCUCUAUCUCCCUCCUCUUUCUUCCUCUACAUUCUCCUCCCUUCUCCAUUCCCCCUUCCUUCUGACCUCAAACUUUUCGUUAUCAUGGCCACCACGAACGAGUUCCCCGCCAGCGACGUGAACAGCUAUGACUAUGUCAUCGUUGGAGGUGGCACGGCGGGCUGUGUUAUCGCCAGUCGAUUGGCCGAGUACCUGCCUAACAAGCGCAUCUUGGUUAUUGAAGGUGGUCCCAGUGAUUUCAACGACGAUCGCGUCCUCAACCUGAGAGAAUGGUUGAACUUGCUGGGAGGCGAGUUGGACUACGAUUAUGGUACCACCGAACAGCCUAUGGGUAACAGCCAUAUCCGCCACUCUCGUGCCAAGGUGCUGGGCGGUUGCUCUAGCCACAACACCCUCAUCUCCUUCCGUCCUUUCGAGUAUGACUGCAAGAGAUGGGAGCAGCAAGGCUGCAAGGGCUGGUCUUUCGGAACUUUCACCCGCGUGCUUGACAACCUGCGCAACACCGUCCAGCCUGUCCACGACCGCCACCGCAACCAGCUGUGCAAGGACUGGAUCGAAUCUUGCUCGACUGCCAUGAACAUUCCCAUCAUCCCCGAUUUCAACCGGGAGAUCCGUCUCAACGGCGAGUUGACCGAGGGUGUCGGAUUCUUCAACGUCUCCUACAACCCCGACGACGGCCGUCGCAGCAGCGCCAGUGUCGCUUACAUUCACCCUAUUCUGCGCGGGGAGGAGAAGCGCCCCAACCUGACCAUCCUCACCAACGCCUGGGUGUCUCGCGUGAACGUUAGUGACGACACCGUCACCGGAGUUGACGUGAUUCUGCAGUCCGGAGCCAAACACACCUUGUGCCCCAAGAAGGAAACGAUUCUGUGCGCCGGUGCCGUCGACACCCCCCGACUGAUGCUGCUGUCCGGAUUGGGUCCCCAGGAGCAACUCCGCUCGCUGGGUAUUCCCGUCGUUAAGGACAUCCCCGGUGUCGGUGAGAACCUUCUCGACCACCCCGAGAGUAUCAUUCUUUGGGAGCUCAACCAGCCUGUUCCUCCCAACCAGACGACCAUGGACUCGGACGCCGGUAUCUUCUUGCGCCGAGAGCUUCCCAAUGCCGCCGGCACCGAUGGUCGCGCCGCCGAUGUCAUGAUGCACUGCUAUCAGAUCCCCUUCUGCCUCAACACCGAGCGUCUGGGAUAUGACUCCCCCACCAAUGCUUUCUGCAUGACCCCCAACAUCCCCCGUCCCCGCUCUCGUGGUCGCCUGUACUUGACCUCCGCCGACCCCCAGGUUAAGCCCGCCUUGGACUUCCGUUACUUCACCGACGCUGAGGGCUACGAUGCCGCCACCAUUGUCGCUGGCUUCAAGGCUGCCCGUGAGAUCGCCAAGAAGGCGCCCUUCAAGGACUGGAUCAAGCGUGAAGUUGCUCCCGGCCCCAAGAUUCAAACCGACGAGGAGCUGUCCGAGUACGGUCGUCGGGUCGCGCACACCGUCUACCACCCUGCCGGUACCACCAAGAUGGGUGAUGUGACCUCCGACCCCUUGGCCGUGGUGAACUCCCAGCUCAAGGUCCGUGGCUUGAAGGGUAUCCGCGUCGCUGAUGCCGGUGUCUUCCCCGAAAUGCCCAGCAUCAACCCCAUGUUGACUGUCCUGGCCAUUGGCGAGCGUGCUGCCGAGUUGAUCGCCGAAGAGGCCGGAUGGAAGCGCGAGCAGCCCCGUCUGUAAAUGCCCCUUUCAUUAUGGACCGUUUACUUGACACUUUGCUUUCUUGUCUUUCGAACAUCCCAUCAUGGAAGGGACUUGAAUAUUCGACAAGAGUUGGGGCAUGAGCGGCUUCAGCCUGGAGCCUAGAAAAAAAUUACAAAAUAAAUGAUGGGGCGGAAAUGUCUGCGCGUAACUUCAUGCAGGUCUGCAUGACGUGUGCAACAACAUCAGCCUUACGACCGUACAUGAUUCAUGACACCAAAUGAACAACCAACCCAUGCGUUUGGCAAAAGACAAAGAAAAGAAGAUAUUCUCGCUCUUGUGUACCUAUUAUCUGUGGCGGUUGUCUCUCUUCGGGUGGUUGUCAGUGAUUGCUUGUUGCCCGGCGCAUGGUUUUGUACAGUUCCAUACAAUCAUGAAAAUGAGUUUGUUGGAUGUGCAGAUGGCUUUGCUAUUGUAAAACAUUGACGUAUAUAUAGAGAGAGAGAACAGAUAGACUGAAAUGAAAGAAAUGGCAUGGAAGUUAGCAGUCAUCAAUAUGAGGUCUUGGAACCUCGAUGUCCAUGAAAUAAA